AUGAGGCCCUCCAUAAGCAAACGGAAAUUUGAACGACAUGACAAGGUCAAAGAGUUGAUUGAGAUAAUCUCGGAGCUGAAGUAUCUACAAGGUGCUGCGCUUCAACAAAGCAGUGAUUCCUACUCGGUAGAAACAGCUCUCAUGACACUACGGGAAGUCAACGAGUCCGGGCACGAGAAGAUGCUUGAGCAUUUCCACGACUGGAAAAAGGAGGUGACUGAUAAGAUCGAGAGACUUCUGAAGCUGAAAACGCCUUGCGCGUUAACAAAGGUCGAUAUGAUUAACACGAUCAGAAAGGAAUAUCAGUCCUUCCAAGAUGCUCAAAAGCUUCUCGAGUCUCAACGACCAAUUCCAGUUACGGCGACGGAACUCAAGGAGCUGGCUAACAAUUAUGGCGACCUUGACAAAAGAAUAGAUCGCGUCGAAGUUCUGCUAAACCAGAGACUGGACAAAAUGGAGGAGGCGUUGGAAACAACCAAGCAGCAGCAAAACGAGACGUUGCAGGCAAUAAAAGAGGCGAUGCAGACAAUUCAGCAUAAGUUGCUCACCAGCUCUUCGUCCUCCUCCUCCUCGUCGUUACCAGCAGGCUCCAGCCCCAGAAAGCCGGAGGCCUCAGCCCCGUCCACUGAUCGUGGCAAAACACGACCUCAGAGGGCUCAAAAAGGAGAUGCGAGCAGCUGA